GCCCUUCACUGUCGGGGUGGGCGGGUUUGGGGAAGGCCCCCACCCUCCUCCGUCCUCUGAAGGAGCCUGGUCCUCACUCCUGGUGCUGAGACUCCCCCAGGAGCCCCCCAAGGCCUCCUGUCUGGCCUUGGCUCUGCCUGUCUUUUCACCUGGGAGGAGGGCAAGGCCAUGGGGUUGCCCCUGCUGCUGCCCCUGCUGCUGCUGCCGGCGUCUCUGCAGGCUGGUCACUGGGCACAAAGAAAUCCACAGCCUUACUUUGAUAUGAAGCAACCAAGGGAUCUCUCAGCCCCUGAGGGUGGCUCUAUCCUCAUCCCCUUCUUCUUCUCUUACUCCUGGGAAUUAGCCAAGGAUCCCAACAUGAGAAUAUUCUGGAGAUGGAAACACUUCCAUGGGGAGUUCAUCUUCAACACGACCCCUCUGUUCACCCAUAAGAAUUUCAAGAACCGGCUCUUCCUGAACUGGGCAGAACCUGAGAAGAACGGCUCCCUCCGGAUCUCAAACCUGCGGAGGGAGGACGAGUCUGUGUACUUCUGCCGGGUGCAGUUGGACACACUGAGAGAUGGCAGGCAGCACCUGCAGUCCAUCGAGGGGACCAAACUCACCAUCACCCACAGCAGCAAGACAACCACCUGGGGUCCUACCACCACCACCACCACAGCUGGCCUCGGGGGCUCAGAGGGCAAAAAGAGUUCCAAGCUGUGGUCCCUGACCAUGGAAGCUAUAGUCGGGUUGGCACUGGCCAGCAUUCUGUUGCUCAAGAUCCCAAUCAUGGGACUGACUGUGUACCUCGGGUGGAAGAGAAGCAAAGGUGUGCAGACUGAAGCCAGGACCCCAGCCAGAGAGUCCUUCAAACACACGGAAGAGAAUUAUGAGAACACCGGGAAUAAAGGUGCCCUCAGCAUCCUCCUCUCUCCCCUGCCUCACCCACCCUCCCCUGAGACCCUGGAUGAUGCUGGAGUCCUCCAUGCCUCCCUCACCCUCUCCAGCUUGACCUCACCAACUCAGGAGCGCCUCCCCUCCCCCCUCCCCACUGGGAACCACAGGAAGAGACCCUAUACUCUGUCUUAAAGACCUAAGGAGUAGGGCUGAGUGAGGACCUCCUUCAAGUCAGCUGCGCACAGGGAUCUCAGUUCCUUAUAACCACCCUGGCCAGACACAGACAGCUCAGAGGCCUGCAGGUGCUGAAAGUCACCAAGGACCUGAGAGUCACACAGCCCCCUGCUCCAAUUUCCUCUUCAACUUUCCAGCCUUUCACCACAAAAA